CUCCCAGUGACCCCCCAGCCCCCCCCAGAUGCGGUUCAUGCUGCUGUUCAGCCGCCAAGGGAAACUGAGGCUGCAGAAGUGGUACCUGGCCACGGCCGACAAGGACAAGAAGAAAAUGGUCCGGGAGCUGAUGCAGGUGGUGCUGGCCAGGAAACCCAAAAUGUGCAGUUUCCUCGAGUGGAGGGACCUCAAGGUGGUCUACAAAAGGUACGCCAGCCUCUACUUCUGCUGCGCCAUCGAGGGCCAGGACAACGAGCUGAUCACGCUGGAGCUCAUCCACCGCUACGUGGAGCUGCUGGACAAGUACUUCGGCAGCGUGUGUGAGCUGGACAUCAUCUUCAACUUCGAGAAGGCCUACUUCAUCCUGGACGAGUUCGUGAUGGGUGGUGAGAUCCAGGACACCUCCAAGAAGAGCGUCCUCAAGGCCAUCGAGCAGGCGGACCUGCUGCAGGAGGUGGGGACACCCCAAAAAUCCAGGGGGAGGAACUGGGGGACCCCAAAAAUCCCAUAGGGACCAUCCAUGGUG